UUCAAUAACCGACUUAAUUGAUAGAAUAUCUACAUUGAUGGAUAUAAUUUUCUUUUUCAUAGUAAGAGAACGAUGUCGACUGUUUUAGAAAUUGAUCCGAAACUACACGGCUAUUGCACUUUUUUUUAAUAAUAAGUUUAUGACAUGACCUAUGCAAUAGCUGAAUCUGCAAUCCUGGCUUCUAAUGCAACUCUUUCAGAGGGGUAGAAGUAAAAUUGCUCUGCAAUUCUGCUAAUAAAGGGAGCGAGCAGGAUUCCAGAAAUCAUGCUUCUCUUAUAAUCAUCAUUGCAAUAAUGCGUGCGUAUACUAUUGUUUAUCCUUUACAGAGCAUUAGCGAUUACAUGUUUUAUAUUUUUAUAUUCUCGGGGGGAAGAAGAGAUGAAGUGAGGUAGGGUUAACAGUCACCAGAGUCGAGUGUCAAGUCUGUAAAUUCUGUCGCCCGUAGACAUAAACUUGACAUUCGUGUGCGUGUCGCUUUUAACGAUUUGUCUUGUGCCACCUUUGUAGCUAUAAUUACGAACUGACUUUGGCCCAUACGCGCGUUACAGCUGUGCAUCUCGAAUGGGAUCGGUGAAAUUAUCUACGUUAUGACGGCCCUGCGAGGGAAGACCUUCUAAGGGCGCUGACGGUUUGAACCGCGGCACUGGCGGCGCGGCGCAGCGCGGCGCGACGUCGCGACGCCUGCGCGCCUUCAGGGCGACGGCGUUCGGUGCACGUAGGGCGACUCCGAGGUAGCAGUGCGGGUUCAGGGGGCGGCGAGGGUGGGUGCGUUCCUCUUCCGUUGGAACUACCCCUUGACAACAGCCCGCUUCACCAUUCUCAGCCUUGUCGUCGGUGGUGGCGGCGGCGGCGGCGGCGGUGGUGGUGGCGGCGGCGGUGGUGGCGGCGGCGGUGGCGAGGCUCUGCUCCGCUCCGCUUCGCUUCGCUUCGCAUCGCAACACCGCACCGCCGCGGUGGUCCCCACCGAAAUCUCGUGUGCGCGAUCAAUCGGACUAGUGGUGCGGAUCAAUCAACGAUCCCGGGUGCGAGACGUCGCCGUCGUCCUCCCCGCGGAGAGACGGAUCCACACGGCGUGCUCGGAUGUGAACGACAGGCUGCCGCUCGUUCAGUUUCAGCAUGGAGUGCCCCGAAGCGGUAGAACGAGGUCGGAAUUUUCGUCUACUAGCCGAAGAGGAAUUAUCUAAGCUCUUGGAUUUUCUUACGGAAUAUUUGCCUGAAUCGUUAAAGUUUCAACAAACCGUAUUAACUUAUAUGCGAGAUAGAGUCUGGGAAUUUCAUUUCUACGUGGCUAAUGAUUGGCCCGAAGAUGCAAUCUGCUUACAUUUUCCUGGAAUGACAUUAUCUCCCCACGGUUUGGUGUACGAGAGCGUCGGUGUCUUCUGUCCGAACGAUCGAUUGGAGCUGCUUCGCCUUCUCCGAGAGGAGGACAUUCUAAUAGACUGGUCGAGACCCUUGUACAUUAAUUUUGUUCAUCGUGACAUUGCUGAAGAGUUAACGCGUCUUUACGAAGGUAUCGGCACCAUCGAGACAGUGGUAGGCGAUGUCUGUGCGUGUGACUUCAAGCAAGAGGGGGAGAGCCAUCAGGAGGUGGACCAAGAGUCCGACUCCGAUGUCCAGGUGCGACCUCUCAAGGCCGAGCACGCCGAGGGGAUCCACGAAUUGUAUCCAGCGAAUGAUAUGGAGUGCCACGAGAUUUUCCUUCGACUUAUCAGAACUCUACCUGCAGCAGGAGUAUUCGCAAAGGGUAGCCUGGCCGCAUGGAUGGUCCAAUCCUAUUACGGAGCUAUGUUUUCCAUGCAGACCAAACCGGAAUAUCGUAGGAAGGGUUACGGGACAAAAUUAGUAAGGUACCUGACAAAACGCGUAGCCGAGAAAGGGUAUUAUCCGUUUGUAGUUAUACGUCCAGAAAAUGAAGCUAGCCAAAACUUGUACAAGAAGCUGGGGUUUAGACGGCUCUACCAGCUCGUUCGAAUGAUCUUUACACCUUUCACGUGGCAAGAGAGUGAGAACGACGCGAAUAUUCUUAGGGGUAACUUGGACAACGCCGUAAGACAGCUCACGAUCGAGCAGAGGGUAAUAACGGCGUUACACGGCGGUCAAGAGAGAAGUGAGGAGACGAUAGUGAGGAAUCCUGCGGGAAUCGCGGAAGACGAGUCGAUUGUAGACAAGUCCGAAAAGGGUGAAGAGAUCGAGGAGAAACUCGUCGAAACCAUCGAGGAACGGUCCGUAGAGAGGAUAGAUGUCGCGGACAGCACGACAAAGGAAGAUGCGCCGGAAGUUGUGGAAGUUAAUGGCUCUUGCGACUAUGAGACGGAUGCCGGGAGUGGUGGUGGUGGUGACAACUAAGUUUCUAGGGAACGUUUAUGCGAUAAACGACGGUCCAUAAAUUUACGUUUUGUUUGCUCGAAGACACGGCUCUUCGCCGUGAGACACUGAUAAAUAACCGAGUAUUUAAGAAAAUUACAAACACGGAAGAGUUACGAGUGUCCAAAGUUUUUAGAAAUGGUAUACGUAAGACACUUGGUCUAUAUAACUCUUUCUUAAUAAGUCAUUUCAAAUCUACUUAGUUCGAUAGAUAUGAACGUCCAUUUAUAGAUAACAAAAUGAUUAAAUACGAAUGGUAUUCAAUAAUGAUUCACAGUGAAUGAUAUAACGUAUUAUGAAUUAUUAUCGAUGAUACAUUUGUCAACUAUACGAAACAAAAAACACAACGGUAUUACACGAGAUUUCAAUUUUACUGACUUACAAUGACACGAUAUCUGUAUACACCGUGUGUGAUGAGGAGCUGCAUUCUUCGAGCGAUAGAAACGAAAGAAGAGAGACAAAAAUAGAGAAUAUUUUAAGAGUUUUCAACAUUACGGCACCGCGUUCGUGCGAGGCUUCAAUAUUCAUAUACGCGGAAAUAAAAUUCCUCGUAUGAUUCCUCAUAUCAGACUCUUUCCAAAACGUCGUGAAAAAUCUCAGGUAUCGAAUAGCUACGUACUUUUCAGUUGCCAAUGUUAUACCUCGUUAAAGUCUAUCUUGUAUUGUUCUCCUAUUAUGUUGGUAAAUAUAUAAUUUGAAGAGAAAAAGAUGUUAUCAAUGAUCCAUCACAAAAAUUCGCUCAAAACGCUGUCUGUUUAAUAUAUAAUCAAAUCUUUCCAAAUAAAUUAUAUAGAAUUGUCAUAUUAUAUGUUGUUGUUGUUGACCAUUUAUGUCUAUACGCAUUUCCUCCACGCGUUUGUUCCACAUUUCUCGCCCACUUCGCUAUUACUAUUGAUAAAGAAUAUACAUUGCAUCCUGUAUAACGUAUAAUUGUAAUACUAUGAAUAAUUAUCUGAAGAUUUGCGUAAUCGUAUUAUUUUCUACGUCAUUGAAUUGCGUAAAUUACAAUUCUAUAUGAUCUACUGAUUUCUAGCUAUUUGAAAUAUAAAUAGACUUUAUUGUGCGAGAUAUUUAGACUAGACUGCUCCGUGAACUUGUAAGUCUAAACCGUCACGAGGGCGGCGAAGAGCGCACUAAUCCUUAUCGAACGCAAAGAUCAGAAAGUCUGCGGGGUGACUCAAACUGUGAUUUAUAAUUUUCGUGUAUAAAGUAGACUCUCGAGAGAAAAAUAUUAUGAAGCCUCGUGCGAUCUCGACACGCUUUUCUCGAUAUAGUAGAAGUAAUUUGCUGUGUCGGUGCAAAUACAAAUUGUGUGUGAAUUUUUAGAACAAGUUUAUCACACCGAUCAAUCUUUUACACAUUCCUCAAUAUGCAUAUAUUACUCCAUAAUUUAUAGAUUUUAUAUAUCUAUCUCAAAGUCACAUAAUUUCGUUAGGAAGGAAAAACGCUUUGCUACGUGAUUGCGGGAAAUUGACGAGUACAAUUUCCGUACGUUUUACGCACCGUCACAGCAAUUACCUUAGCGUGCGAGUUAAUAAUGAUAAUAUUAAUGAUAAAGAUGAAUAGAGCAUAAUUAAUAUUAUUAUUAUAAUAACGGUUAUACAUAUAUAAAUAUAAAUAUGCGCAAAAAAAGGGAGUCCGAUCGGAUCGGCUCCGUUCCUGGGGAAUUCCGAGAUCUUAGAUAGCCACUAUUUGUAUAAUUUUUUCUACGUUUCAUAGAUAGAUGACUUAUCGAUAAAUAUGAGACGGGUAACGCGUAAGAAAUCUAAUUCCGAAUUUGGGAACGGAAUCGAGGCGAUUGUGCGACUCUUUUAAGGCUCCCCAAAAUCCCUCGUUUAUUUUUGAUUUUGAUUAUAGCGGGGGCCAGCUGUGAUACUUUACUCAAUCUACUUACACCCUGGUCGUGGUACCAAAUAUAGUGUCUAGGCGAGGAUCAGCCAUUGUUGACGGCGUUAGAACUUGACGAAUUCCAUUUAUCUUUUGCACGUUGUGUUAUAUCGAAGUCGAUUAGAUUACAAUCGGACAAAGAGAGAGAGAGAGAGAGAGAGAGAGAGAGAGAGAGAGAGAGAGAGAAAAAGGAAGCUCGUAUUUAAUGUUCAUGUUGCGCAAGCAAUCGAUUCGAUUAAAAUCGUCGAUGGCGAUCCGGGUGUUAACGAACGGUACAACACACAUCUAUUUUCGUAAUUAUUCAUUUAAUUUCUCUGAGAUAUCUCAUUCAGUAUCAAACUGGAUAUACAAAAUAAAUCAAAGUCACAUGUGUGUA